AUGGCGAAUAAGGAUGUACAGAUUCCGGAUCUUCUCAGUUGGUGCCAGAGAGAAAUUGAGUAUGAGCACGGAGCUGGGACACUAAGGAAUAUCCUCCACUCGAUGGGUUUCUACUACAAACAGAAGAAUUAUCUUCCGAUUGUAGCGGAAAGACAAGCGUACAAGGUGGCCCGAAUGAAAGACCUAUCAAGUCCACUUCCCGGACCACCCGUCGGAAAGGACAAGGGAAAGAGGGCAAUUGUAUGGCCAUGGUGA